UCCCCAUGGCUGAAUCAACGACGUCGCAGCCGGGCUCGGAGGCUCAGGCGUACACCACGCCAGACGUUAUCGUCACUGACGUGCCCAAGCUUGACAUUGAUCUCUAUAUUCAAAACUAUGUCGGUCGAACACGAUUCGAGCGCCUGAUACUUAUUGGCAAGUGCUGUGUGCCACUGCGAGUUGAAGCUCUCAAGGCUGCCGUUGCCGAAGCAAAGAGCGGCUUAGACAUCGCGCGCUACAACGAUGCGUGCGCCCUGCUCAGUGCAGCUGCCCCGGGCGAUCCCGAUGCGCGGAUGGAUGGAGCAUGGGUAGAGAACACCGACAUUGCCAACAGAGCCGAAACUGCUCGCUUGGAGACAGAACUUAAAGGUUACAGGAACAAUCUCAUUAAGGAGAGUAUUCGGAUGGGCAACGAGGAUCUCGGCAAGCAUUUCGAGAGUAUAGGCAAGCUUGUUGAAGCUACAGAAGCAUACAACAAAAUGCGCCAUGACGUUAGCACCACCAAACACAUUUUCGAUUGCGGCAUGCACUUGGCUAGCGUCGCUUUUCAGCGCCAUGACUGGGCCAGUGUGUUGAGCAACGUUGGCAAGAUAUCCAAUAUGAGCGGCGACGACGAACAAGAACAGCAGGCCUACAUCAAGGUGGCAUCAGGUGUUGCCCUGCUGGGAAUGGGGAAUUUCCACGAUGCGGCCAUGACCCUCAUCCAUACCAACCCCAAUGUGUCCCCAGCGGAAUACAGCACAGUCGCGAGCCCCAACGACGUCGCCAUCUAUGGCGGCCUUUUGGCGCUGGCAACUAUGGACAGGACGGCUUUGCAGUCUCGCAUACUAGAUAAUCAGUCCUUCAGGACAUUCCUAGAGCACGAGCCGCACAUUCGAAAGGCGAUUAGUUUGUUUGUUAACGGCAGAUACUCGACUUGCCUUUCCAUCUUGGAGUCUACGCGGGCAGACUAUCUACUCGACAUUUACCUACAACCACAUAUCCCCGCAAUUUAUUCCUUGAUCCGCGAAAAGUGCAUUGUCCAAUACUUUAUACCCUUCUCGUGCGUCACGCUGGACAGCUUGGACGCUGCGUUUGGAAAGCCCGGUCAGUCCGUUGAGCCAGAGCUCAUCAGGAUGAUUCGAGACGGGUCUUUGAAAGCCCGAAUAGAUGCCAGAAACAAGCUUCUAGUGGCCGUAUCCUCUGAUCCACGGCUAGUGGUACAGACAAAUGCACUCCAUGUGGCACGGAAAUACGAGCUGGAAGCAAAAGAGCGGCUACGGCGCAUGAAUAUUAUCGGUGCAGGCCUCGAAGUCAUUGGCGUUAAGAAACCACAGACUGGCGGUGUAGGAGGCGCUGAGCCCGAAGAGGCCUGGUUCGAAGAGAAUCGCGUAGCCAGCCUUCUCGCCGAGCAAGCUCAGGAUGCUUAGGAUCAUCCUGAGGUAAUGCAGGCUCAGCCUGAGGAAAGCAUCCCAGAAGUGUGCACAUUGCUCUAUUGAGCGUUUGUGGGAAUACUAACCAAGGGUAUGAGAGGGGAGUCGCACACUGAUUCGACUGCUGUUCCGUGAUGAGCGAGUCCUUGGUAUCCUUGUUCAGCCGCCGAUGGCGAAAGAGAGGAAAGCUCAUUUCCUAUCCAAAGGGAGAAGAAGGGGGGCAGCUACGGUUAUGACGGCAACCGCCUUUGAGACUUGAACGUUACACGCAUGGUGUGCAUUAGAGAGGGAGGCGCAAGGAGAACUGGUCUUUUUUUUUUAUCUGCUACAGCCCCCAAUUGUUAGAGGCAUUUUUAUCUUUUCCUUCUCGCUACUAGCAUAUGACUUUAUGACGCAUAGUCAUGUCUAACUCUCCACGAUAAGCCUGUGAUAUCAAGCAGUCGAUAUGAUACUGAUAAGUCAUGUUUCGCUUAGUGACGCCUCGUACUAUAUGCAUUCUUGUUUGUGUAUAUUGUCCAAUUGAGACGGGUAUCAUAUCCUAUUACACUUACACCACUGCAGUUCCAGCACGGUAUAGCCACGCCUAAACCAUUUCGUCGUGUCCCUCUCUUCCCAGCCCCUUACUUCAGUCCAUAAACCACGAAAAUCACCCCAUCAACUGCCUCAAAUCCUCGGGCGGCCACCGCACCUGCGCAAAGGUAAGACAGCGCUUAAUGCUCUGCAGGUAUUUUCGCGUCACCUCGUCGCCCAUGACGUGGCCCUUUUCUCCAUCGUGCAGCUUCUCACGCGCACUUCGCUCGUGGAUACCCACCAUGGUGACUCCAAUGGGCCAGGCUGCUUUUCCGAUGCUGAGGCGGAGGUAGCCGUCGUUGGCGUCGACGUAGCGGCGCUCCUGGAGGGCUUGGACGAUUUCGAUGAUGGGUUGGAGGAGGGAGUCGUCGAGGUCGCCGGAUUCGAACUUGCGGAAGAGCUGUGCGAUC